UGUCUGCAGACUGACUGGGGGGGCCAGCGGACCCUACAGAGGAAGUGGACCUCGUUCCUCAAGGCCAGAAUGGUUUGUUCGGUCCCGGAAUACGAGCUGCACCUCAAUAUCCUGCGCAGUGUGUUUGUGCUGCAGGGUCGGGACGCUCAGAGCAGCAUUUUCUAUGGCGUCUUUGGCCUUGAGUGGAAGAAUAUCAAGGCCUCUGCGAUCUGCCAGUACGCCUUCUCAGAAGUGCACAAGGUUUUCGAGGGGCCGUACAUGGAGGUGCAGGACUCAAAGUGGAGGGAGUACACGGGGAAGGUGCCCGAGCCGAGACCUGGAUCUUGUAUGACAGAUGUGCACCGGUCCCAGGGCAUCAACUCGUCUCGUGAUCUCCCAGACAAUGUCCUCACCUUCGCCAGAAGGCAUCCACUCAUGGCCGGCCAGGUGCACCCAGUGGGAGUGCGCCCCCUCUUGUUCAAGAGGAGCGUCAACUAUGUCAAGAUAGUCGUGCACAGGGAGCCGGCACUGGAUGGAAGCAUUUAUACCGUCCUGUUUUUGGGAACUGAUGACGGCUGGCUGCACAGAGCUGUGGACAUCAACGGAGAUGUGCACAUCAUAGAAGAGCUGCAACUGUUUGACAAACCUCAGCCCGUAGAGAGCUUGGUCAUAUCCACAGCUCAGCGGAGCAUCUACGUGGGCUCACACUCUGGAGUCGUGCAGGUACCGAUGUCAGCCUGUGGGAGAUACACUUCCUGUUAUGACUGCGUGUUCGCCAGAGACCCGUUCUGCGGCUGGGACGGGAGGGCGUGCGUAGAAAUAUCUUCACGUGCACAGAGGUCAAACAUAACUCAGGAUAUUCUGCGGGGGAUCAGAGGCUGCAGAGAGAAUUUAGGAAACGUGGUCCAUCGGCGGCGUUCUGUGAUGUCGGGUGACGACGUGCUACUACAGUGUGAAUUACGCUCCAACCUGGCGGCGCCACGCUGGACUCUGAAUGGCAGAGAUCUCCAGGGGUACGACCUGAAUUCGGGCUACCGCAUCGGCACAGACGGCCUCCUCAUAAUCGGCGCUCGUGCCCAGCAGAGCGGCUCCUAUCGCUGCUUUGCCGUGGAGAACUCGGUCUCAGUGCUGGUUUAUCUUUACACAGUCCAGGUGCACACAGACCUGUACUACCCCGUGGAGCCCACAGCCACCACCAACCCCACCACAGUCUCCAGCCCAACAGUUUUCUCCGCCAGCGGCCCCACCGAGCAGCCCCUGCCCUCGCCUCCCGCCCCGCUGCCUCCAGGACCUGCGUUCCAGACCUACAGACACAUGGAGGCCGUGUACAUUUCCCUGGUGGCGGUGCUCGGAGGGCUUUGCCUGGUGUUGAGCGUGGUGCUGCUCUAUGUGAGCUUCUGCACCAGACGGGCCUCCAGGGGCCGAAAGUUUUCCGAGCAAGAGCUGCAGGUCCUGGGCGCCUCCGAGAGAAAAAGGAGCUCCCAUUUUGAACUUAAAACCAUUUCCAGCCACUGCAACGGCCGCCAGGCGCGUCAGUCCAUCUCGAUGCCAAACUUUGCGGACAUCGGCGAUGGUUUCCUCCAGAUAGUUCCAGGUCAGGGCCACAUGUCUCCGACAAAAACGCCUCCUCCGGCUCCUCCUCUUCCGAUGCCACCUCCACUUCCCAACAUGGACUACGCCAACGGUCUGUCGGCCACUCUGCCCAGCGUGCUGAGGAAGAUGAACGGGAACAGCUAUGUGCUGCUGCGGCAGGCCGACCACGAGGGCAUGUCGCCGCUCUACCACUCCUUCACAGAGGAGCUCAACAGGAUCCUGGAGCAGAGGAAACACACACAACUGGACCUGGAGCCUGACGAGAGCUCCAUCUAGGACGUCCCUCUCAGUCUUUGUCCCACAAGUUAUUUAUUUUUACCCCAACGUUGACCCGUAGUCGUGGGGAGAACUGACUGGAUGAAACGCUGCUGUCGGAGCACCUGAGGUUGGUGUCCUCCCCCGAUCUGAAGCGACGAAUGGCCCCAUGAUUUCACUUCAACAAUGGACAACAUUAACCAGAGAUUGAUCUUCGAUUUGGCCAAAGACGACAGCUCAACAAAUAACCAUGAGGAAGUAAUGCUGCUUAGUCGCUUCACACAAAGCUGCGAAAUGGAGCAAAGGUUAAAAAAUAAACACGGUCAGGAGGAGAUCACUUCUUCUUGAGCCUGUGGAAGUGCUCGGGACGUUUUUUGGUGUCAUUUAACGUUAACCCUCUAUGGAGCGUGAAGUAACACUUCCUCGUAACGUGCCUGAUCCCGUGUGUCGCAAUGAGGACGUUCCUGUUUUUGUCCAUUUGUUGUGGUUCCUCUGUCUGGAGGAAGAAAAGCUUGACUCAUCCGCAGUCGCAGGACUGGACUCAGAUUCUCAGAGUCCUUAUCGUCUGAUGGUCAUAAUAACUUGAUUGAGCUGGAUUUUUUUUCCCCUCGAUGUCGGACGUCCAGGGUUUUUUUAUGCGAAAGAAUAAUGUAUGGCAACGUGUACGAACUGUUACUCAAUCCAAAACAAGAAAUAAAACACUGACGGCCAACUCGCCACAUCUGACAACAGUGCUGACCGUUGCUUCUUAAAAAUUGACUAAUCCCCCAAAGUGCGACAACAGCAAAUUAAAGAACACAAUGGCAAAACAAAAGCAAAUACGAAAAUAUGACGAAUCAAGCUCACACGACGCCGGUUUAACAAAAACACGACGACAACUCUGAAAAACAGUAAACCACUUCUGCAAAUCGUCCAAUCAGCAUCAGUCCUUAUCAAUAAGAGCUACACAGAAGUUAAUCCUGUGUUUUCUGAUGUGUUGUUGACUCAUUUUCGUGAAUUCAGUCGGAUUAUGAGACUCGUUUUUCUGUGAAAGAGCAAAAACAGUUGUUUCAAUCCCACAGUGAAAUAUGGCUUUUAUGUGGAGCAUCACUUUGAGAGGGCAGUUCUGUUACCGUGCAUGACUCAUCACGUGUUGCAGUUUGUUCACACCGCUCUUCUCUCGUCUUUUAUUCACAGUUGCCGCAGUGAGUAGAAAUGUGUUGUGUCAGUUCCAGUAGAGGUUCUGGAAGUAAAUUUUCUCAAUUGACGUAUCAGAAAAUCCUUUCCUGAGUCUGGAACCAGCUACAAGAUGAAUCGUGACUUUAAACAUUCGAUUUGGAGCAAAUGAAAAAAGGGCAAAGGUACAAGACUGUGAACAUAAUGACUUAAAGGGUUAAAGGAACUACGCAUCCCAUAAACCAUUGCGAACAAUUCCUUUUCAACAACUUCCACUGCUUCUUCCUGAAUUUAACCGUGUUUGUAGUGAUCUUCAUCUCUCCGGACUCUACGGAACCAUCCGAUACACAUGGUUAGCAUGGUGAUAAACAUUUCCAUGGGAAUGUCGAGCUCCACCCGUCAGAGACGUCACUAUUACAACUGAGGAUUGUGGGUAGUGUAGUUCUUCUCUUUGACAUUGCAAAUGAAACACGGUCGAUAUCAUACGGACUUGUGGUUUCUUCAGGAGGAUAUAAUAUCGUUUCAGUCUUGUAGCUUCUGCUGAGUCUACUUUGGAUGGUUAAAAUAUUACGGAUGAUAAUUAAAACCUGGAUUUUCAGCUCUAAACGAUGAACGGUUUAUGGCAACUUGAAUAGUUAAAAAUGGCGGUUUGAGGUCAGGUGGAUUGAAUUCGCCGAAGUUCUCAGUAGAUCAGGAGACGGAGAGGAAGCCACGACACGCUGACAACAAGAAUACACUUUGCUACUUGCUAUUUUUAUAUUUAAACACGUAAACAUAUUGUGUCUUUUUCAGACUGACGUCCUGUUUCUGGACGAUUUUUCAUUACACCUUUCAGAUUUUCCCCCCGAGACAGAAAGAUGACACUUAUAUUUCCGGGCGCUGGAUUCUUUCAGAACAUUAUGUUACAAAAGAAGAGAAUAAAUGGAAAUGACAGAUUUGUUUGUCCUCUGCCGGUGGCAAGUUUCCCAACCAGCGAGGAGAGGACCUUCACAAAAGCCUCCUCAGUGUUUACCUGACAUCAGAGCAAUGUUAAAACAACGCAAACUGCAGAGCGGACAGAAUUUCUCUGGCAAGACAAACAGCGCUGUGAUUAAAUACAGAUAUAACGUGGAGAGAAGUGGCUGAAAUGAAUCUCUGCGUAAUUUGUAAACGUGUCACGGCCAAAUAAGAAUCCGUCUUUGCAGCAAAGCCUUGAAUCAGCUCUUGCAGCGGCAGCGGCGGCUCGGCAGCAGCAGGCCUCUCCGGUGACUCACAGCGUGCAUCUGUCAGGGAGGCGCUGACAGUAACGGCAGCGUUUGGCUCACCUCCACCGGGAGAGGACGGGGGCGUCUGUCUGUUUGCAUGGGGCAAUGUCGUCUGUGCAGGUAGAGGAGGACGGGAAACACUUGACCUUCAUGUCCUGGUGAGACGUGGAGGAAUCGGACGAUGAUGAAACGAGGCAGUUUUCAGUGAUCCUCUAGUUUUUCCUUGAAAGCCACUUUAUUAUGAACCUGCACGGAUUCAUGAUGGAGGCGAUGCACUCCGGUGGUAAAUGUGCUGGUGUGGAUUGAGAAACCUAUGGUCGGCCUUUGUCAGCUUCACCUUGACUUCUGGUGUAUGAGGCUGUUUUUAAUUAAGUGAAGCAGCCGGUUGGAUAAGAGCUGAAACGUCUCUUUAAAGCAAAUUCAAACUUUAAACUUAACUUUUGGAUGUUUUUCAACAUUUUCUUGAUUUAUAAAUGAAUAAUUCAUGUUUCUUGAUGAAAAAAAUCAGACAAAUUUAGGGGACUGAUAUUUAUGAGUGCACAGAACCCUAAUAAGAAUCUGGAUCUAGUGGAUUUCAGGAGCAAAUAUGCAUUUUACUGAGUAUUUGUUUGUCCAUUCAUCAUUUGAUCAUGUAAGAGAGGAUUUAUUACAAAUAGAGAUUCUUUUUAAAAAUGUAUAAGCUUCAUUUCACCACUCGACUGCCAGAGAUGAUGUAGACACGGAAACAUCUUAUGAUCAGGAAGAUUAAACUUGAAGUAAAGUUUUCUACGCAGCUAAAUUAGCUUCAUUCACACAGUUAUAAUAAAUAUUUUCGUCUUGGCUGUAUCAUGCGGCAGAGUGUCCACUGCCACUGUCUUCACAUGUUCAGAGUGGAAAAGAAAGAAAGAGACUAUAUGCAGACGACCGACUUUUAUACG